AUGGCUGAUCAUAAACUAACCGAAGACAAGCCAUUCUCAUUUCUAACUCAUUCACCAUUGUCCUUUGAUCACAGCUCGUUAACUUAUCCUUCAUUUGACUGGGAAGAAGAGCUUCUUUCUCUCCACAACAACUCUGCCUCUCAAACUUUUCCUUUGUCUACAACUUCUCUGCCUUUACCUGACAUUGAACCCUUGUCUCAAGAUGUACUGGACUCAUACAGCUCUGCAUCAUGGAAUGAAACAGAACAGAACAGAGGAGAUGGUGAGUCGGAGAAGAAGAAGUCGGAGGAGGAACACGGAGCAGUGCAAGAGAUGAUGACUUACAAGAAGAGGAAAACGAGAGAUAAUGAAGUGAGAAUCAUCAGCGAUAUUACUAGUUACACAACUUCAAAGGCAUUGUCGAUGGAAACCAUCUCUCGCUACUUCUACAUGCCAAUAACUCAGGCUGCUAUGGAGCUCAACGUUGGUUUAACUCUUCUCAAGAGGAGAUGUCGCGAGUUGGGUAUUCGUCGUUGGCCUCAUCGGAAGCUCAUGAGCCUACUAACUCUGAUUAGUAACGUCAAGGAGCUGCAGAAGAUGGAAGGGGAAGAGAACGCAGAGAAACUGAGGAACGCGUUGGAGAUGCUGGAGAAGGAGAAGAAGACGAUUGAGGAAAGGCCGGAUCUUGAGUUUGAGGACAAGACAAAGAGGCUGAGACAAGCUUGCUUCAAGGCUAACCACAAGAGGAAGAAGAAGAGAUCUCUGAUCAAGUCUGAUCAGUCCAAGAUCUCUAAACCAACUUGUUCAAGCAGCGGAUCAGUCGUCAGUGACGAAUCAGUCGAUGAAGGAGGAGGAACAGAGAGUGAUGAAGAAGUCAAGUACCUCUUGUGUGGUUUCACAACUGAGUUUAGUGGUUUGUGA